UCUUUUUUAAAAACACAAAAUAAGAAAGUGUAAUAAUACAAAAUUAAUAAUACAAAAAAAUACAAUAAUACAAAACAAAUAGUGUUGCCUUUAUGUUCUGAAACAAAUAAAGCAUUGAGGAAAAACACAGAGAACUCUUUUAAUAAAGGGCUUCAUCAGAACAUACACAGAGUUGGGCUGACUUCGGGCUAUAUUAGGAAGAAGUAGCAUUUGAGCAUGACUUCACAACCUUGAGAAUGUCCUUUCUGGUAUAAUUUUGGUAGCUGAUCAUGUGAGCAGUAUGUGCACAUGUUUGUACAUAAACACCAUAUUAAGACAUAUAAGACAUGGGCAAUAGUUUGUCAUUCUAUUGUUAUUUUGAAAGCAUACUCAGGAUUUUUUUUCAAAAUAUAUGUUCAUAUGAAAAGCCAACAAAUUAUUACUAGACUGACAUUCAGCUUACUCCUAUAUUUGUUGUUGUUUCAAUUUAAAAUAACAAGAAACAUUAGAAAAAUGAAAACAAGCUAUUGCUUCAUGAUUUAGAACACUUGCAUUUCUGUAAAAAGAUUAAUUUUUAGUUAUACUAUAUGUACAAACACAAAAAUGGAAGAGAAAUUUGAAGCACUUCUGUACUUCUGUAAUUUCUCAUCUAAGAACAGGCAGUUUCUAGCUAAUUUUAAGACAUCCAGCACUUAAACAAAUAAAUACUUUUAAUUUUUUUAUAUAUUAUAUUUAAGAUUUUGUUUUAACUUCUCACAAAACUCACAUAUACACAGAUUCAUCCAUUCUUUCUUCAGGACAGAUUCUGAAUAAAACCAGCUAAGUUCUCAUUGAACAAGUUUCUUUCUUGUAUGACGCUAAAAUAAGAUUAUUGCUGAAACUGGCUGCCUGUUCUUUAUAUUUUCUUGAUGCAGGGUGAAGCCUUACCAUGAGUGCUUACAGAAAUCCCAUUAUUUAAGCUUUUGGCUGUUGACAAACUCUAGUGUUUGUCAGCGGUGCCGAGCCGGUUGUCGCGCAGGGCUGGAGGUGCUCGCUCUCCCCACUGCUGGUUCUGCACUGAGGUGCAGGUCCAGGGGCUGCUCUUGUUGCUAACACACAAACACAGAGUUUCUGUGCUGAUAUCACCUCAGGAGCAAUGGGAAAAUGGCCCAAAUCUGGGAUUUUCAGCACAUUUUCUGUAGGUGGUGGCCGCUCAUAUUCCAUAUAAGAAGUGUGCACAAUGCUUUAGGUGUCCUGAAAGACAAUUUAUCGUCAUUCUUGACUCUUCACCAAACACUGAUCUGAAAGCCUGCUCUUUCCCCUGUAAAAGGCAUUUUCUUUAUGGAAAUCUUCUAAGUGAGCAAAGUUUAGAGCAGUUUUGGGAUUGUUUCCCAUCUCUGUAAAUCUGACCAUAGGGGUCUCUUGAAAGAGAAUUGCUAAGAAUUUCCAACUGGACUAUGUAAUCACAGCUCCUGGUAUCAAGAGGAGGGGGAGUGACAUGAAAUCACUGACUUGUGACAUACAUUCCUCAGCAACAGCAGCUGCUGCCUAAUGACAGCUAAUAAAGGGAAUCUUCCCUUGACAGAGCUGCAUGCCUGCAGUGGGACUGGAAUGUGCCCGAGAUAAACCCACUGAUAACCUAGGAAGCAGGGAUCACCCAAAGAGUAUAAAAGACGAGCUUCACAAGAGACACAACACCACGAGGAAGAAAGAGACUUGAAGGGACAUCUCAGAAGAAACAGCUUGAACUUCCCAACUCCCAACGAGCUCAGCGCCAUGGACACUAAAGGCUCAUUUUUCUAUGGCUUCCUUUUGCUGCUGCUCAUCCAGCUCCAGCCCAGCAGAGCCAACCCCAUCUACAGCCUCAGCCCUGCCAAAGAACUGGCCAGCAUGGAGGCUCUGCUGGAAAGACUGGAGGACAAGUUUGCAAUGAUGGAAGCCCUGGAGUCCAAUGCUGACCUGCAGGAACCCAAAGCGCAGGAGGAGAUCCUGCCAGAACUCACCGAUGACGGCGACAGCCAGAAGGCUGAACCCAGGCUGGCACCCAACACCCCCCUGUCCUACAGGGAGCCCCUCCUCAAGGGACUGAGGGGGCUGCAGAUGCCCAGGAUGAUGAGGGAUUCUGGCUGCUUUGGGAGGAGGAUUGACAGGAUUGGCUCCCUCAGUGGGAUGGGCUGCAAUGGUGAGUCCUGGCUAAGCCAUUUCACCGAACAGCACUGACCGUGUCCGUGCCAUGGCAGGGAGCAGCUUCUCCUUUAAAUCUUUAAGAAAAAGUCUCAGAAUAGAAUUAAUUUGAGCCUAGUAUUGGUUUUUCAAAAGCAUUGCUGACAAUGGUGACACGUACCUACACAAGAACACAUCCUAAUAACAUUUAUUUCAUGUUUGGUUUGCAGGUUACCGGAGGAAUUAGGAUCAGCCUCCCUAGAACCUGCUCUGAAGAAUGCUUUACAGUACCCCUUCCUCCCAAGAUGAAAGCCAGAUGCUUUCCAAGCUCCUCAACAGAAAGUUAUUCCUAUUUUUAUUUAUUUAUUUAUUUAUUUAUUUGAUGUUUUUUAAAGAACGUUUCUUACGUUAGCACUGCCAGACCAUCUUUAAAUAAAACUAACACAUUAGACAUCUGUGCUGGACCUCUCUCCUGUCUGUUGCAUUAAAUUUUCUUGCAUUUGCCUAAAGUCAAAAUCUUAAGUUUUAUUAAUAUUCUGGUACCCACAAGCCUGGAUCUUACUUACAUGAGACAGAGAAAACUUAGUAAAAAUGAAAAUGAGUUUUUGACUAGAGGCUUUUCCUCUGCAGUGAGAAAUGCUAACAGGUUAGCAGGAAAAAAAAAAAAAAACUUGCUUAAAAUUGAAAGAUCAUCAUGAGUCCUCCUAUAGACAGGGUUUCAGUGAUAAGAGAGUCCUUUUGCUGGUUUAAAUUAUUCAGUCAUGGGAACUGCCACAAAUGCCUCAAGUAAGCAAAAGAAAAGAAAAGAAAUAAAGAAAAGAAAAGAAAUACAUGAAAAGAAAUAAAUAAAACCAUAACACUCCACAAAUUUCAAGAUAACCAGAGGGAGGAAAGGGAAUUCAUUGUAUAUGCUUUCUAGCAGUGACCCAAUAAAGGUUACGAGCAUCAACACAAAGAUACAUCAUGAACUGUGUCUUGUCUCACUCUGCACGGGGCUGAGAUGCUGAUUCCCAGAAUUUCUUGAAGGAUCCUCAAAGGUUUGAAUAUUAUCAUGAGAGGGUAGGUGGGAUCACUGAACUACACAGCAGCUUGUAUGCAAAAAUCAUUUAUCACUUUCUGGGAGUGGCUCCUUGCAAAAUUGUCCUGACACGCUAAUGGGAACACUGCAAGUCUGAAUAAGGUUUAUUUAACCUUGCUAGAUUUCACACCUAGGAGCUGAAUUUGACCCAAAACUAUUUUAGCACCCCACCAAAGAAGGAAAUAUUGCCAAAAACACACAUUCGGUCAGCAUCCCAAGGAACAGAGAGCUUGGAUCCCCAUGUGAGCCCCAGCAGUGGCACCAAGCCCAGCUCACACAACUGUCCUGUGUCCUGCAUGUUCUGCUAGGAACUGUGUUAUUUUGAGCACCUCAUGAGUGUCAUUCCCAGAACCUCAGUGCAUUCCCAUGGACCUGAGUACCCUGAGAAGCUUGUUCAGGGCUUAGGAAGGCAGCACAGCACAGACUCAGCUGGAACAAUCCAAUUCUGACUUUGCUUAUGCAAAGGUGCCAGGAACAGUGCGUGGUGAGGAUCAGGAAUUGGACUGCAGGUGUUCCAGAGCUGCUGACAACAGCUCUCAGGGGCCACAGCUCCAGGGAAAGGGUAAAUUCAAGCACACAGCCCUCCUUGCACAAGGCCAGUCACAGCUCAAGGUGCUGCAACGCUGACAGGGCUCCUGUCACACAUCACAUUUGUGACAAGCCACCCUCCAGUCACUCCCUGCAGUGCUGACACGGCCUCCAAGAGGUUUCUGUGUGCUCCUCUCCACGCUGGGCCUUGUGAUUCUUUCACAAGGAGGGCAGAAGGCCAAUCUGAGGGACUAAUUUUGGAACACUCCAACAGGAAACCAGAGUGUGAUACAAAUCCUCUCCUUCCAGCAGCACCAGCUACAGAUAAAAUGCUUUGUGGAAUAGUGUCCACACAGCUUUCCCUGACAGGAGAAUAAAUUCUCAGGCUGACAUUCCCAGCAGCCUCUCUGCAGUGAAAGGUACAGUGACUUUGCAUUUACUCAAUUUCACAGAUCAUGGGGUGUGAAGUCACCCUUUGGGGGGAUAAUGGGGCUUUGUCUUUUUAAAAGUUUUCCAAACACACCCCCUGCAGCACGAUGGGAACAUACAGGUGGAUCCCUCUACACCAGAAAUGAACAACAGCCUGACUUCCCCUGUGCUGCUGAAAGCAACAACAAUUCAUGUACUCUGACAACAGCUGGAACUGAAUUUUACCCAGUCAAGCACAGCUUGCACAGACACCGUAAAUUGUCCCUCCCUGUCAGUCCCUCAAGGCACAAAACACUGAUUAGUUCAGUGGAAUGUGCUAAAAAUGGCAAGAAGAGGCAAUGCUUCCUGACCUAAAGCCAGGUGGGUCCAGUAUUAGCAGCAAGCCAGUUCCUGGUGGAACAAGUCUGUAUGAGCUUGCAGACAGUGAGUUAAUAGACCCUGCAGUCUGGGAGAACCUAAUGGAGGGUAAGCAAUCGAGGAAAAAAGCAUCUCUGACUGGAUUUUUACUGCUACUACCGAGCUGUAAAGCACCCUCAGGGAAAUCCUGCAGCCAGGGCAGAAUAGUGCUGCACUGGGAAAAGCUGAAUGGGAGAAACUCAACACUGCUCAGCUCUACAGGCAAAAACAUCAUCCCCAAGGAUGGAAAAAGCUGCCACUGGUGCUGUGAGUGAUCAGAGAGAGCAGGGAGCAAUCUUGUGAACAGCUAUCAUGUAAAUGAAAUAUCCCAGCGGGACCAGAGGAGGACAAGGCUGACACCCUUCACACAGCUCUAAUGACAUUUGUCACCUCCUGCCCUGGCAGACUUCAUUCUGACUUCUGAACAGCAUUUGGCAGCACCCAUUAUUGGCCAUGCAUAAUCCAGCUUGCUUUCCUCUGGACUCUGAAGCCCAGAAAUUCCAUUAGUGUGCUCCAUGCACUCUGCAAGGCAUGAGCCUUGUUUGGAAUAGGGCUCUGCUUGGCACUGAGUAUAUUUGCAAAUUAGAUUUGAUGGUUUCUCUGCAGACACUGCACUACCCCUAUCCAGCUUCCCACUAAACAAAAUGCUCCCACUGAAAUCCAAGUUGGCAGGCAGGAAUGCCAAGAGGUGUGUGACCGUGUUCACAGGGGUCUUUGGAUGAGGGAAGAGACAAGGAUCUGACUCCAUAUUUCAGAAGG